UCAUUACUUCUCAAUUAUCAGCGAGGACACAAAGAAAAUGAAGUGCUUUGCCGUAGUUCUCCUUUGCCUUAUUGGAUAUGCCUGGUCCGAAUCUUGCACCAACUCCGCUACAGACUGCGUUCAUACAUCAUGCUCAGACGGCUGGGAGAUGCACUGUGUUGACGCUGUCUGUACCUGCACUCAGUCAAACAACAUGCAAUGUAACACUCUCCAGGACUGUCUGGAUUUGAAUACCUGGGACUGCCCAGCCAACAGACGCCAUUGCAUUGACAAUAUGUGCAGAUGUACACGAUUCUAAAUAAAUUCAAAAUCUUACAA